UCUUAUGAAUACAUCAAACAAAUGAACAAUUAAUUAGAUACUAAUAUUUGCAUAUGAUAUAAACAUUGGUAAACAAAUUGUUCUAUCUAUUGUUCGUUACUAUACACGUAAAUACCAAAAUUAUGACAGGCCAUUCUUUACUAAUAUCAGUUACGGUAAGAUAUCUACUAAGUUCACAUUUGAGCCUACUCUAUUUAUACAUUGUAACUUCCGAACAAUUGACAUCACGAAAGAACGAAAAUUGACCCACCUAUUUCAUGCCAAAGAACCUUAAAAUCGUACGGCUUAAUCAUUUUUAUAUAAAAUACUGAAACUGUAUACAUCUAUAGAAGGAGUAGUUCAAUACAUAAAAUUUUAACGUCGACUAACGAUAGUUGAUUCAUUGACCUGUAUAAUAGAAGUAAAUUGAACCACUAAAUAAUUCUUUUGACCACAAACAGUUUUAUUCGUCAUUUAAAUCUAAUGGGAUUUAAAUUUUUUCUUGACUUUUUUCUCAUUUAAGGUAUUAAUUUCUUUUGAAUUGGAAAAGAAGUUGUGUGUGGUGCUUGUGUUGUGGUUUUGCACGUACAGAGGAUUUCACUUAGAAGAGUUUAAGGUGCGUUUGAAGGAAAAACCAAAGCAACUCCUUCUACCCGCUAUAAGAAAACACAAAGUCACAUGGUCAUCAAAUCUGCAGAUAGACAGUAAACAGUAUAUCGUUAAAGGACAAAUCAAACUGAUUUCGACAACUUAGGUGCUAUUUCAACACAUAACAUCCACUUCACUGGAGUGUUUUACCUUACCUGUAAUUUGAAUGAAAGUGUUCAUCUAAGGUGUUAUUAUAGCGAUAACGAUAUCUUCAAAUGGUUUUUAGAAUUUGAAGAUAUGAAUUCAGAACUCCAAAAUUGUACAUUGUGAUAGAAGAUAAAACUCAUUGCUGAAAGAAAAAAGGAAAACAGUAGUAUUCAACCAGAUUAUAAAGAAAAUUAAAGACAAAACGAAGAAAACCAAAUUAGAACUGGUCUGAACCCAGUAAUGUUAGAAGGGUUAGCUCAUGAGAACAUGUAAUGUCAACUUUAAAGAUUGGAUAUACUUGGAAUAUAUAACUUGGAUUUAUCAACAUGUGCUAUUCAUUUUAUCUUUCGAUUUUGACUUUAUUCUUUGUGGCAUGUUUUGGAGAUGACACCAUACAGAUUUCGUUCUCAAUUCAGGAAGAACUGCCUAUGAAUACUCCUGUGGGGAAUAUUGCCACUGAGGCUAGAUUAACAGAAAACUUGACGAGUGAAGAAUUUGAUAGUAUUAGUUAUGGUUACAUUGGAGAUAAUGUUUAUCAAAAUAUGUUUUCAAUUGACAAAUCUACAGGUGCUUUACAAACUAUCAUGCUGAUUGAUCGAGAAAUAAUUCCAGAAUGCAGUGAUGUUUCUGAUUGUAUUCUUGUGUUAAAUUUUGUAGCCAACUCACAAAAAACAAACUUUUUCAAGUUGAUUACUACUUCCAUUCAUGUACAGGAUAUCAACGAUCAUGCUCCAUCUUUUCCACAACCCAUAAUGAAAUUAAACGUGUCUGAAUCUACACCUGUAGGGACACGUUUUUCAGUCCCAGCAGCAUUGGAUAAAGAUACCGGAAGAAAUGGGAUCCAAAAUUACGAUAUUUAUCCAGACAAUGGACCUUUUGGACUUAACAAUACCAAAAAAUUAGAUGGCAGUUUUCUCCUCCAUAUAGUUUUAAAACAACCAUUGAAUCGAGAGUUUAAAGAAACAUAUACAUUACAGAUAGCAGCCAAGGAUGGUGGGGAACAGCCUCAAACUGGUAUACUAAACAUUGAUGUGACUGUCCUGGAUGUAAACGACCAUGCACCUAAAUUUGGCUUGCCAAUGUACAAUGUUACAGUUCGGGAAGAUGUUCCGCCAAAUACUGUCAUUCUAAAAGUGACCGCUGAAGAUCCAGAUAAAGACCAAAAUGGACUUGUCUCCUAUCAUUUCAGUCAGGUGCAGACAGAUUUAGAGAGUAUCAACCAGUUCUUUAGUAUUGGUAGUGAUUCAGGGGAUAUAACUCUGCUAAAGAAUUUAGUUUACGAACCUAAUGAGGAAUAUAGUAUUAUCGUAGAGGCAAGUGAUCAUGGAACAAGUCCUCAGAUUUCACAGGUCAAGGUCAAUGUCAAAGUUGAAGAUGUUGGCAACAACAAGCCUGUCGUCAAGAUUAACUUACCGUCUGCUGGAACUGGUGGUGUUGUGAUGCUGUCAGAAGCAACCAACAUUGAUAAUUUUGUCGCUCAUGUGAAUGUUGAAGAUUCUGAUAUUGGGAACAAUGGUAAUGUAACAUGCUCAACGCCUAAUCCUUAUUUUGAUGUUAAAAAACUACCAGUGUCUGAUAAAGGAUUUAAAGUUGUUGUGAAGCAGAAAUUAGACAGAGAAAAACAAGAUGCUCAUAUUGUCACCAUUGUUUGUCAUGAUUAUGGAACACCGAGACUCAGUGCGGAAGCAAGUUUUAAUGUGACAGUAUCAGAUGAUAAUGACAAUGAUCCAGAAUUUUUGGAGAAAGUAUACUUAGCUUAUGUGGAUGAAAAUAAUAAAUUGGGAAAUCCAAUCAAACAAGUUUCGGCCAGGGAUAAGGACAUCGGUAUCAAUGCUGAUAUUCAAUAUUUUCUACACAGUGACGCUGUAUCUAAGUUUGCUAUUAAUUCUAACACUGGAGUUAUAUCUGCUAGUGAUAUUUAUGAUAGAGAAAAGCAGUCGGAGCACAUGUUUCAUGUUUUGGCAGUAGAUAAUGGCGAUCCAAGAAGGACGGGAACAGCAUCUGUGAUUGUUACCAUUCGUGACGAAAAUGACAAUAUACCUGUCUUCAAUAAAAGUAGAUUUGCAUUUGAGGUUGCUGAAGGUCUGAAACCAGAUGAAACUGUUGGUUCAGUUGUAGCUAUUGAUAAAGAUGAUGGUUUAAAUGGGGAUGUUUCCUUCACCAUUGCUGAAAAAGACCAGUUCACUGUACCGUUUGUGGUUCUUUUAGACGGAACAAUUAGAACACGAGAAAUCUUAGAUCGUGAGAAACACAGUCAAUAUAGUUUUGUUGUGUUUGCCACUGAUAAAGGAAUUCCAUCAAAAAAUAACUCUGUUCAAGUAAUUAUAACAGUUUUGGAUGUAAACGAUAAUGAACCAACAAUUUUAUUUCCUAAAAAAGGAAAUAAUACUGUUACUACGGCAAUAACAUCACUUCCUGUUACGACCAUUAUUGCCGAGGAUAAAGAUAUUGGUGUCAAUAGACAAUUAUCAUAUUAUAUUUUCUCCGGGAAUGAAGCAAAUAUGUUUUAUUUGAAUCCUACAUCUGGAGAACUUUUUCUCAACAAACAAUAUCAUUUUUCGAAGGAUACGUCGCAAAGUAUUCGAGUAUGUGUUCAAGAUGCUGGAAAUCCCGUCCAUUCUGAUUGUGCCGAUUUAAAUGUUCUGGUAAUCAUCAGUAAUUCAACACAUUUAUCUGCUAAUGGAGAUUCAAAUAAGUAUAUUACAAUUUCAAUAAUUGUGGUAAUCGUAACUUUACUUAUCUCGGCAGCCAUAGGAUUGACAAUUUAUUUCUUAUGGAAAAUUGAUAAGAAAAGACAAGAACAGAAAUACACGGCUGGAAAUGGUCCACUUGGAGUUCCGAUGCAGACUGGCUAUUCUGAACAUUCCACCUCCAACACUUCUCUGCCGGAUUCAUUUGAAAAUGGCGAUAAGAAAAGAAAAGAAGUAUCAUUUUCACCAGGCACAUCUUUCGAUAACAGCUUCCAAAGGAGUAUUAGUCCCAACUCAAAUGAAAAACAGGAGCCCUAUUUAUAUGAUAAACCCUCAGUUCACCAUAGUCAGCCUUACAGUGAUUCUAAUACCCAAGCUCUACAGCUAAAACAAAUACUGCUGAAAAAUAACACAGAAACAGAGGCUCGUCUUCAAAGACCACAUCCUAGUGAUAACCAUAGUGACAGUUCAGGGGAGACAACUACCAGUGAUAGCGGUAGAGGUGGCAGUGAAGAUGAGGUACCAGGAAGUACAUUAGAUGACUCCCGAUCGUUUGAGUUCCAGAGUCCUCCACCGUCAUAUUAUAGUUCAAAUUCUUAUUCCAAAGACAAGUUAAAUGUUUAUAGAAACAAAAACAGUGAUAAUAGACACAUGGUCAGACCAAACUCAUAUAAUAUUAAAAACAACGCUAGUGCUAAUAUUGUGAACAAUCUGUCUACAAGUCAGCCAUAUUUAGACAAUAGUUCAAAAGACUUGCAAUAUCAUUCAUGGGAUUUUCUGCAGCAAAGUGCAUAUGCACAAUAUCCAAGAAAAGACAGAGAUUAUUUUCACUUGCGUCCUGAAAGUUUGAGUACAUUAAGGUCGAGAGACGAUGAUGAUGAUGCUGCCACAACCACUUCAGGGAGUUAUACUAUAAAUCCAGAGGAACUCGAGGAUGAAUUGUUUCAUGCACAGAGAGAUCUUGUCGUGUGAAAUUCUGUGAUUUUCUCAUUGUAAACUUCUCAUUUUCAUGUUUCUAAUGCAUAAGAUGAACUGCUGAUAGACAGAGAAAUAAUGAUGGAAGUGUUUAUUAUUUUGCCAUGACAUUCUAAUUUGCAUAAUCGUGAUACAUUUGCAAACAUUUGUGCAUUUAUACUGAUCUCAGAUUUUGUACCCUAGAAGUUUUAAUAUCUAAUUGUAUGUGCUAUAGUUGGAAUUAUAAAAUUGAUUUUGAUAUUCAAGAAACUGCCAAGUAAAUCAGCACCUUAAAAAAUAGCAAUAUAUAUUUUCACCAUGUAUUUUUUAAGUAAGCUGAUGAAGGGGAGAUAACUCUUAUUUAAAGUUUUAAUAUCUGAAUUCCAAUAUCUCAAUCUGGUAUAACAUAAAUUUUCAUAGUUUAUUGUUAAUGGAUCAAUAUUUUAAAACAUUAAGGUACCUGCCAUGAGUUUUAAGGAAAUUGUUUUGCUAUAAGCAGUCAAUGACAUUUUUGUUGAGAACGCCAAGCAGUAUUUAAUACCAAAGACACAAAUUCAUGUUAACAAUUUUGUCAACCUUUUGUAUUGCUUUCAAAAACCUAUUUCACCCAUUUCUAAUGUACUAUUUCAUAGCUUUAAUUAUGUUAGAAAGACUUGGAGAGAAUAAUAACUCUUCUAGUUUAUCUUUAUAUGUUGAUCUACCUCAAUUUUAACCUUUUAACUCCUUCGCACUCUUGUACAGUGCAUGUGCUCACCUCGUUAAAUUUUUUAACAAAACUUACAUUCCCAAAUUAUUUGUAAAUUAUUUAAAAGCCAGGAAAGUUGGCUUUGUAUAUAAUGUGAAAAUAUUUUAUUUAUAUUGAUAACAAUUAAUGUUAUAUGUUUUCACAAGAUAUUGGGGAAAAAAAUCUUUAAAAAAAUUAACAUCACAGGGAAUUUGGCUUUAUUAUUAAAAAUCGUUAAAUGAUAUUUAUACAUUUCUAAUUCAGUAAAAUAUUUUUAUUUUGUUCUUGUGAAGAUAUUUGUUAAAGCAUGUUAUUUGUUUGUUUGUUAUUUGUUAAUAUUACUUUUGCACAUUUGAAUGAUUUAUGUUAUUAAUAAAUUUGAAUAUUUGAACUGGUUACUAUUCCAAUGUGAUUUCUCAUGUAACCAGUUGGUGUAACUUUAAAAGCAGAUAUGGUCAGAAAUUGUUAAGGAAAAUGCUUUUAUAAACCAAUCCAUUUUGAGGAUUUUAUAAUAAAGAUCUAUAAGGAAUAAAAAGGUACAAUUUGAAGUUUAUUAUACCCUUUAAAUUCAGUCCAAAUUUAUAUCUUUUUUACAAUUUGAACAAAUAAAGUUUUACUUGUUAUUAUUUUAAAAAAUGUACAAUCAAAUAUUUUUAUUUUUUUUUGCAAGUUCUCCAUUUCAGUGAAGUUUUAAAAAGUUCCUAGUAUAUAUACAUGAAAGUGAUAUUUUAAACAAAAUAAUGCAUUUUUUAUAGCCAUGAUAAUUUUAUAUAAAAUUUAAUGAACUCUUUAAAUCAGUGACAUCUUGAAAUACAUUUUAUUUUAAGACUGGCUUGGUCCAGAAUUGUACCUUCUCCUUUUUUUCAUGUUAAUCAUAACAUUGUGACUGUAUUGUGAAUUUUUAGACAUGAGAAAUCAAAUGUUUGUAUGUUUUUAAGAAUAUAUUCCAUUCAAAAGUGCAGCUAUUAUAAUAAAACAGAAUAAUAAUUGAAA